AUGUGGUGUCAGGCACUUACUGCGAUCUUGGUGCUAACAGUCAACUGGGCCAAUGCUCACUCUUGGGUCGAGCAACUCUCCAACAUCGGCCCUAAUGGCUCGUAUGUUUGUAGUUUUGGCUAUCCGCGAGCGUUUGUAGACAAAUCUGCCGAUGGCAGCUUCGACCAGGAGGCCAACGAAUGGCUCCUACCCCCAGCACGAGAUCCACCCUUCAUCAACAAAACAGACCUACUUUGCCACCCUUCUCAACGCACCCUAAACCAGGCAAGCAAUUUUCCACGUCUCCAGACUAAACCAAGUAGCAUGAUUGCCAUACGUUACGCUGAAAAUGGUCAUGUCACUGUACCUGGCGGCGGAAUUGAUCUUGUGGGGAAACCAGAGAAGGGUGGCACGGUAUUUGUGUUUGGCACAAAGCAGCCACGCCCUGAGGAGACGCUUCAGAAUGUAUUACAUUGGACACAUGAUGGCAAAGGCGGUGACAGACGCGGCAGGCUACUGACCGCUCAGAACUUCGACGAUGACAGGUGCUACCAGCUUAGGAAUGACCGCACAACCUUGAGCGAAGCCCGUCGGUUGCAGACACCAAACCCAAAGCCUGGACAGCCGGGUUCAGACCACGAACUUUUCUGCGAGACUGAUGUGAGGCUGCCAGAUGAUGUCACUGUCGGCCAGCCCUAUACUCUCUAUUGGGUGUGGCAAUGGCCCACAGCGCCUCAGCAAGAGCCUGGGCCUCUUCAUGGGCAGGACGAAUAUUACACGUCUUGUAUUGACGUGGAUAUCGUGACUGACCUGUGUCUGGGCCUAAAUGGAGUCCUGCUAAAGGACCAGGAUCCUAUGACCACCGCCGUGCCGAAUUUCAAGUCUCGCACUGCGCUAACAGCCGACCCAUUAGCAUUGUCUUCCCAAACAGGCUUCGGGCAACCUGCUGAGACUAGCAAUUAG